UAGAUUUGUAGCUCACGUGGUUUUGAGGCACAUACCCGAAAUGCUUUCUAUAUAGAUGACUAGGCUUUAAGAGAGCUGUGCAGGCGGCUCAGUUUGUUCUGUUUUGAGCACACCCAUCAAUGCUGUCUACAUAGGGAGCUCGCUGUGGUUUGAGACGGAGCCGCUGUUGAGAGGGUCAUCGUGUGCUGUGAGCUCAUGCAGUUCACUCUGUGAUCUACUCCAUCCACAUCCUGCACACAGCGAUCCUCUCCUUCAUCAUCAUCUUCAUCGGUAUAGAUGAUCACACAUCUCCUCUCUCUCUGUUCGCUCGUGUAAUACUCUGCGUGCGGCGUCAGAGCUACAUUUUCAGCCGCCGAUCGUGCUGUAAAGACCCUCUAGUGAACGGGUUUACGAGGACGUCGGAAGGACGUUUUUAACGUUAUAUUCCAGAUGUUUGGAGUGGGUUUGGUUUCAACGCAGCGCUUCUGAACCGCGUUAACGGAGUUGCACGCUUUAAGACGCCCAUGAUGUCCACAUGCGACUGUGUCCUGGUGUGUAGAGGAUACAUCUGCAAUCGAGGAGUUAUCCAAACAAACAUGUAAACCAAACAGCGGAUCUCAUUCCUUUCCCCUCGUUUCGCACGCAACUAUUAGCAUUUUCAAUGCAAUUUGAAGAUUUCAGUAAAACAUGGAGAUAAGAAAAUGGCUCCUUGGCUACAGUUCCUCGCUUUUCUUUGACUGGGUUGUUGUAAAGCUUCUUCAUCAGACCAGAGAUGUUUCUCCAAGAUCCAGCAACGUCUCGUGUGUUCCUUGAGGACAUUUGAAUUCUGAUUCCCUUGGGUUGCUUUAAAGUUGUCUUUUCUUGCUGGCUGGUAGAUGACAGGCAACAUGCAUCUCGGGGUCGAGGAGCCCAUCCGAGAGUGCCAGUACAAUCAGAUCUGCACACACAACUCCUCAACCAUGGACACGCCACACACCAAAAAGAAGAAGAUCAAAAGGAAAUGGCAGGUUUUUCCAGGCCGAAAUAAGUUUUACUGCAACGGACGGAUCAUGAUGGCAAAGCAGACCGGGGUCUUCUAUCUCACAGUGGUUCUCAUUUUGGUGACCAGCGGCCUCUUCUUUGCCUUUGACUGCCCGUUCCUGGCAUCAAACCUGACCCCUGCCAUUCCGGCCAUCGGAGGAGUGCUGUUCAUCUUUGUGAUGGGAAUGCUGCUCCGGGCGAGCUUCAGCGACCCGGGCGUCCUGCCCAGAGCCACACCAGAGGAAGCGGCCGACAUCGAGAGGCAGAUAGAUACAGCCAACGGUCCGAGCGGCCCAGGCUACAGACCACCCCCCCGAACCAGAGAGGUGCUCAUUAAUGGUCAAACAGUCAAGCUAAAAUACUGUUUCACCUGCAAGAUCUUCAGACCGCCGCGGGCCUCACACUGCAGCCUGUGUGACAACUGCGUGGAGAGAUUUGAUCAUCACUGCCCGUGGGUGGGCAACUGCGUGGGGAGGAGGAACUAUCGCUUCUUCUACCUGUUCAUCCUCUCACUCUCCCUCCUCACCAUCUUCAUCUUCGCCUUCGUCAUCACGCACGUAAUACUGAGAUCCAACAGGACUGGCUUUCUCAGUGCUCUCAAAGACAGCCCUGCUAGUGUUCUGGAAGUGGUGGUGUGCUUUUUCUCCAUCUGGUCCAUCGUGGGACUGUCAGGCUUCCAUACCUACCUGAUCAGCUCCAAUCAGACCACCAAUGAAGACAUCAAGGGUUCAUGGUCAUCCAAACGAGGCAAAGGCAACUACAACCCUUACAGCUACGGAAACCUGAUCACCAACUGCUGCGCUGCACUGUGUGGACCGCUGCCACCCAGCUUGAUUGACAGAAGAGGUUUUGUCCAACCAGACACCCCGCAGCCUGUGGCCCAGACAAACGGCACCGGUGCCUGUCCCUCCAAUCAAGUCCAGAGUCACAUGACAUACAUCGACGAUGAGGACUGUGUGAACCCAUCAGCUCUCAUGAGUCUGGAUUCAGUUUCAUCAGCUAAAGCCAAACACAUCAGCCGCUGAUUCUGAUGCCAAUUAUUCAAUCCCUUAAGGGAUCCAGAUGCUUUUAAGAGACGAUUGCAUUAUGUAAGCUAUUAAUUAGGUUUCAAAAUGAAUUUUUAUAGUGUAAAUCUUUGAGACAAGUAAUAUUUCUAUGAAUCAGAUUAGAUGGGUGAAUCUAACACUAAAGAGCCCAGGUCACAUUUCACCUUAAACAAAUGAACAAAUACAUACAUAAAGAAUAUCAAGAAUAAAAAUGAUGUCUGUUUUAUGGACCUGUGUUUGUUUGUGUUUCAUAGUUUCAUAAGAAUUAAUUGAUAUAAUUAUAUUAAUUUGUAAUUUUAUAUUAAUAAAAGUUAUACAUUUACUCAGCAAAUAUGUGUUGUUCUUAAAUUACAAUAUAUAUUUUUUCCCUUCAUCUUAAUAGUCCAAAAAAAGGCUUUUUCCAUUAAGAAAAUGAUCUUUUUGUAUUUCUUCUUAUUUCUAUUUAUUUUUUAUUUAGAAGUGAAAUAUGUCCUCAACACGUUCUUCCCAGGUUUGGUGAUAUUCACCCGGAUAUGAUUAACUUCUAACUCCUUUCUCUGUCUUUCCUUACUUUCUCUAAACUUUUUAAUCUUCUAAUAAUAAUCGUUUUGUCCUUCUAACCACCAGAGACUGGUCUUAUCUGACCCAGGGCUCCAAAACAACAAAUAAACGACACAUUUGUGACAAAAUUUCCAAAUCUAGCUGCCAUUUGUAUAUAGAUGUCCAUUCAAACAGUAUGAUAUUUUUGCACAAAGACAUCCGUCAGUUGGUAGAAGUUAUUUAAAUAACUCAGACAUCACCAUGAACAAAACCACACCAGCAACGUAUGCUGGUGACCACAUCAGUCACAUCAGUCAUUAGCAGUUUGGAGCCCUGUGACGUGUUUUUCUAUAAACAUUUUAUUCUUUGUUUGGUCUGACUUCCUCUCGGCUUUCCCUUUUCUCUCUGUCCUUCAUCUUUC